AAACGCGAAACAGCAACAAGUGACGAGAAAGCGCGACAACAAUAAAACAAAACGCAGAAAUGCUCAAAUACGUGAUACUAUUAGUAAUCGUGACCACAGCGCACAGUAAGGACACGGGACAGAAGUUAGAAGACCAGUUAUUGACAGCUCUGGAUCGAGGAUUGACACACACGUUAGCCUACCACUACCUAUGGCCGUUCAGUCAGCUGGUGAGGGCGGCCGCGGAAGCAGACGAAGGCUUAGAACUCCUGCAAAUACAGUCGGAUGACAAAAAAUACGAGAUCGAUCUAAACGUGAGGAAAUUCCAACCGGACGAGCUGAAAGUCAAAGUGAAAAACCACUAUGUUAUAGUGGAAGGGAAGCACAAAGAGAUGUAUGCUCAAAGACCAAUACUUACCAACCAUUUCAUGCAAAGGUUUGCGUUACCAGCCGGCAGUAAGCCUGAAGAGGUGACCGCAGUUUUGAGUGAAAAGGGAAUUUUGUCAGUGUCAGCGCCAAAACACAAACUGCCUCCUCCACCUCCAGAAAGAGAAGUCCCUAUUGAAGUGCGAGUGCCUCUCGAAAGCACAAGUACUGAAAAAACUACAGUAGAUACUGAAGCAGACGAUGAAGUGACAGAAAAGGGAGAGGUUGGCGCAACUGAAGAACAAAACAUUACAAAAGAAAAGAAAGACAAUAUCACGAAGAAACAUACAAAAUUGGAAGAUAAGGAAAUAGUGAAAUCAACAGAAUCUCCGCUGUGGCAACACUUGAUGGAAUCCACUACACACGUUGGUAAAAUAAGGAAGAAAGAACUCAAAUCCACUACAAAAGUUGUCAAGGAGAAUGAAGUCACGAAGGAUGGUGAGGGAAAUAAUCUGGACUUCGAUAUAGAUAUGCAAAUUGAGGAAUAAGAGGCUCCAGCAAUAGUGUGUGUGAAAGACUGAUUUGAAGCUUUAAGUUAUGAGUGAUACGAACGAAAGACUUCUACGAUGCGAU